UUUGUCCCAGGGGCUCUCGGAGCACAAGGGAAGUUUGCCUACAAGCUGAUGAACGAUCUGUUUGCCAACUACUCCAAUGCUCUGCGCCCUGUAGAAGACAUGGACAAAGCCAUGAAUGUGACCCUGCAGGUCACCCUCUCCCAGAUCAUAGACAUGGAUGAGCGCAACCAGAUCCUGAUGGCUUAUCUGUGGAUCCGACAGGUGUGGUUUGAUGCCUACCUGCGCUGGAACAAGGACGAUUAUGAUGGGCUUGAUACCAUCCGUAUACCUAGCAGUUAUGUAUGGAGACCUGAUAUUGUCCUAUAUAACAAUGCUGAUGACCAGUUCACAGGAUCUAUGGAGACCAAUGUUGUUAUCAGAUAUGAUGGACAGAUCAUGUGGGAUUCCCCAGCCAUUACCAAGAGUUCCUGCAAAGUCGAUGUCUCCUUCUUCCCCUUCGAUAGGCAGCAAUGUCGCUUGACCUUUGGCUCUUGGACAUAUAAUGGCAACCAGAUCGAUAUCCUCAACCACCUGGAUACUGGAGAUCUGACAGACUUUGUAGAAAACGUAGAAUGGGAAGUGCUGGGCAUGCCUGCCAAGAAGAAUGUUAUCACAUACGGGUGCUGCUCUGAGCCUUAUCCUGACGUCACCUACACAUUGAUGCUAAAGAGGAGAGCUUCCUUCUACAUAUUCAACCUGCUCCUCCCCUGUGUCAUGAUAUCAUUUCUUGCUCCCCUUGGCUUCUACCUUCCAGCUGACUCUGGGGAGAAGGUCUCUCUUGGUGUCACUGUCCUGUUGGCUCUCACUGUGUUCCAACUGCUGGUGGCAGAGAGCAUGCCACCUUCAGAAAAUGUGCCACUGAUUGGAAAGUAUUAUAUUGCAACUAUGACAAUGAUAACUGCUUCAACAGCUCUAACUAUUUUCAUUAUGAAUAUCCAUCACUGUGGGCCAGAGGCAAAGCCGGUUCCAAAGUGGGCCAAGAAGUUUAUCUUGCAAUAUAUGUCCAGGAUAUUCUUUGUGUAUGAGGUGGGGGAAAGUUGCAAAAGACCAAAACCUGAGACAGAGCCUGAGAAGUUACCCAAGGUCCAAGUGAAUGGGCAAGCCAAAUGGGAGGAACCCGCAGCCAAAGUUAAUAACUUUCCAGACAUUGAGAAGCCGAAACUUGAAGAAAAUAUAGAAGAGCAAGAUCUGGGUUAUGGAAAUGCAUUUAGAAAUGGUGAUGGUGCCUGGAAAGAUUAUGGUCAACCACAUGUGAGAUCAGAGGAGCAUAAUGAAUGUUCUAAGAUCAAUUGUCUGUGCCACAAUGAGCGUCUGCUCAAAAACAUUGAAUAUAUGGCCAACUGCUUUAGAGAGCAAAAGGCAGCUCAGAAACGGACCGGGGAAUGGAAGAAAGUUGCCAAGGUCAUGGAUCGAUUCUUCAUGUGGGUUUUUUUCAUCAUGGUGUUUUUCAUGAGUGUGCUGAUCAUGGGCAAAGCCAUUUGA